CGGAUUGAAGUUAAGAUACACCCUAUAGAAAACUUUACCUUUAAGGCGUCUACAAAGAUGCAUCUAGUGGUACUCGGAAGAUCUGCUUUGAUACGGAAUUAGAAAGUAAGAAUCAUACAUUAGUUUGCUCAGAAUUUACAGCUUGUUUCGAUUAGCAGUCUGUAUGAUGUCGAUACUUUAACUACAGGACAAUAUCAGCGAACCGCUUGGUUGAAUUGGACGGUAUUUUUUUAAUUUAAUGCCAGCCAAAUUUGUUGUAACUUUAAAUCACGGUCAAGUUGGCAGCUCUUUUUUCUUUUUUCUGUAUUGUCAAACAGCAUAACCAGAACAAACAAUGUUGGAGUUAUCCUGGCAAGACUGGGCCUGUGUCUUUGUGGGAGCUUUUGUAAGCUAUCACGUACUCAAUUGGCUAACAACUAUGCCUCCAAAAAAGUUUACUGUUCCUGUACCUGAAGCUGCGAAUCCUAGAUGGAAAGGAAAAGUGCUUGAGAAUGCCACGAUUAGAGAUAUAAAUGACCCUUCAAAUAUGAUCUGCUAUGACCCUUCUACUGGUUAUCAUUUAGACACCAUUCCUUCACCUACAGCUGCAAAAGUCAAGGAACUUUACGAACGUACAUCAAGUGCUCAAUUCGAGUGGUCUAAGACAUCAUUUGAAGAACGUCGGGCAGUCCUUCGUUCAUUAUUAGACUUUAUUUUGGAAAAUCAAGAGGUGAUCUGUCAAGUUGGAUGCAGAGAUACCGGAAAGACAAUGAUCGAUGCAUCCUUGGGUGAAGUUAUUACCACUUGCGCCAAAUUACGCUGGACUAUUGAUAACGGCGAAUCUGUUUUGGCAGAUGAUUAUAGAAGCCCUGGAUUGAUGAUGAUGUAUAAACAUGCCAAGAUUGUUUACCAACCUAUGGGUGUUGUAGCUGCUUUAGUCAGCUGGAACUACCCUUUCCAUAACGCUAUUGGUCCUGUCAUUUCUGCUUUGAUGUCUGGUAAUGGUAUCAUCGUUAAAUGCUCUGAAUAUGUUGCCUGGUCUUCGAGAUACUACGAAUCUAUCAUCAAGGCCUGCUUGGCUGCUCAUGGUCAUAACCCUGACCUUGUUCAAUUUGUUAGUGGAUUUGCUGAUGUGGGAGAAGAAAUCGUUCGAUGUGGUGUAAAGCAUGUGACCUUCAUCGGUUCUCCUGGUGUUGGUAAAUUGGUUCAAAAGAAUGCCGCAGACCACCUUAUCCCUUGUGUGCUCGAAUUGGGUGGUAAAGAUUGCGCUAUUUUGCUAAAGGAUGCUGAUCUCGUUCAAGCCAUUCCUGUUUUAAUGCGCGGUGUUUUCCAAAACUGCGGUCAAAACUGUAUUGGUAUCGAACGUAUUAUUGUUGCUGAAGAGAUUUAUGAAAAGGUGGUUGAUGAGAUGAACGCUCGCAUCGGCUCACUCAGGCAGGGCUCCGUUUUGACAGAUGGUGAAGGCGUAGACUGUGGUGCAAUGACAAUGGGUAAUCAGUUUGAAAAGCUUGAAGGACUCGUUCAAGAAGCUGUCUCUCGUGGCGCUCGACUCUUGCGCGGCGGAAAGCGUUACAAUCAUCCUGUACACAAGCACGGCCAAUACUUUGAACCUACUCUUCUGGUAGAUGUUACACCUGAUAUGGCUAUUGCCAACAAUGAGACAUUUGCACCUAUUAUGGUUAUUAUGAAGCAUCGUGGUCCUGAUGAUGCUGUUCGUAUCGCUAAUGAAUGUCCCUAUGGACUUGGUUCUUCUGUCUUUUCUGCUGAUAAAACAUUAGCCGAAAGCAUGUGUCUUCGUCUGAAAGUGGGUAUGGCUAAUGUAAAUGAUUUUGCUGUCAAUUAUCUCUGUCAGGGUCUUCCAUUUGGCGGUGUUGGUAUUUCUGGUUAUGGGCGCUUUGCUGGUCCUGAAGGCCUUCGUGGAUUGUGUGUUCCAAAAGCAAUCACGACUGAUCGCAUUCCAGGCGUCAAGACGCCCAUUCCUCCCAUCUUGGAUUAUCCUAUUGGCAGUGCUGCCAAAGGCUGGACCUUUGUUGAAUCUCUUGUCAACUUGGUUUAUCAUCCUGAAGUGCCUGCUAAAGUAAGAGCCUUGGUUGGCCUUGCUAAAACUCAACUCUAAAUGAAUAUAUACGCCACAUGAAUAAUAAUGUUUUUUUAUGUGUGUGUGUAAUAGCAAAAGUAAUAGUAAAUAACGGCAAUAGCUUCUUUUUCUUUUUCUUUUUCUUU